AAACUUUUGAACGUUUAAACAAUCAUUGAACUUAUUUGCGUUAAUAUGUAGAAAAAGAAAUUGAAAAAUAAGAACUCAAUUUACUCUUACUGCAGAUUGAAAAAACAAAACCAUCUUCUGUUGGAUGGAUGUUUUGUUAUUUGAUUCCUAUUUGUUAUUCUUCUCAUGUGAACGAGGAUCAAUUGUCACAACAGAAAAAAGAGAGAACAGUAUAAAAGCUUUUUUCCUGUAUUUUAUCUGUUGAUCAUCAAAUAUUGGCAUGAAGUGUGACACUAUCUUAUGUUAAUUGCUUCAAUGAAUCGAGAUACAUAGACCCAUAUGCUUCGAGGAACACAUACAACCAGUAACAGGCAGGAAUAUUCAUCGUUUCUCUUCGGCUUUUAUUUGAAUUUGCUUGAUGACUGUUACCAUAAACAACUUCAGAAACUUUUAAUAAAUCUCUUCGAAGUCUUUGGAAAGUGAAUUGUUUUUAUAAUGACUAUUUAAAGAAGAGAUGUUAGGUGAUACAUUUGUAUGUUUGUCUCAAAGAUCAUUUUGUUUUUGACAAAAAUCAAGUUUUCGAAAGGGAAUGUGAUGUUAAAUCGUUGAAAUAAAUAGAAUUUAGAAACCUGAGCAUUUUCUCUUUGUAAUUAUUAAUAAACCGUUUGUCUUUGAAAAAACAAAUUCGUCCAGUCAUUCUUCAUUUGAUAAAAUACCGUUUGAUCUUUUAAUUUAUUUUUCAUCAGAAAAUAAACAAACAAAUAAGUGUCAGUAAUAAUAUCUUAGACAAUUUUAUUACUGCAAUAUCAGUAUUAAUAUUUUAUAAAAAAAUCAAGAAAUAAUCAUUGAGAUUUACUUCAAGGAGGAUUUUCACAGACUUUUUUCUUGCAUAUGUUAAACUGUUGUUUUCUAAAAUAAUUAAACCAUCAAUUGUUUUUCUUCCUUUCCAUUUUUAGUUUUUUCAUUCAAUCAACCAAAAUUUUGUCCAACAGCAGCUUGGAAUCCAAUCGGAAUCACUUUUGCUAAUCAAACAACAAUUGGUGAAAAACCUGGCGCCAUUUUCAUCAAUACGAACAAUAUAAUUUAUGUUUAUUAUAGAGAAAACAAACAACUUUUAGUGUAUCAUGAAGGUCAUAUCAAUCCAACAAAGAUCGUUCCUAUCAACUCUUCGACUCCAAAUUCUAUUUUCGUUACAACUAAUGGUGAUAUUUAUAUUGAUAAUGAUGAAGUUGUUCUAAAAUGGAUAUCGAAUAAAAACACAUUUGACACUGUUAUGAAUGGUAUAUCACAAUGUCAGGGUUUGUUUGUCGAUAUCAACGAUACUCUGUACUGUUCAAUGGCUUUUCGUCAUCAAGUUGUGAAAAGAUGGAUCAAUGAUUCUGUCAUGACACCGACUAUCGUAGCUGGGGCAGAUAGACCAGGACCUGCUCCGAAUGAGCUUAAUUUACCUUUUGGAAUCUUUGUUGAUGUGAAUUUUGAUUUAUAUGUGGCAGAUUGUGAAAAUAAUCGAGUUCAGUUGUUUCAAUUAGGACAAUCAUUUGGCAUCACAGUAGCUGGAGCUGGAUCACUAAAUCCCACAAUUUCACUUUCAUGUCCACGUGGAAUUGUAUUAGAUGCUCAGAAAUAUUUAUUCAUUGUGGAUUAUGGGAAUAGUCGUAUUAUUGGAUCAGGACCAAAUGGUUUUCGAUGUUUAGUUGGAUGUCAUGGACCUGGUUCACAAUCCCAUCAACUGUCGUCCCCGAUGAGUCUUAGUUUCGAUCGUUCGGGUAACAUGUUUGUAGCUGAUGAGGACAAUGAUCGAAUUCAAAAAUAUUUGUUGAAAAAGCCUUGUGGUAAGUUGAAAAUAGUUGAAUGA